CUCAUCAGCUGAGGCUGGGCUCCCUUUUCACGCACUUCCAGCACAGGCAAAAACUUGUCUUCCAGUACAGGCAGAGAGGAGAGAGGGCUUGUCACCCUGUUCACACUCCACAGUCUCCACAGAGAUCAAAAGGAGAGAGCUUCAUCAGGAAGGGCCACCCUUGCCCUGCAACUGCAAGAAGAAGAUAGUAGAGAGGAAGAAUGGCGGUCUCUCCUCCCCCUCCGUAGCUGCCCUCUUCAUUCUACUACAAUCUAAGCUGCUGCAGUAACCUCUUGCAUGCAGGAAGGCUGGCAGUGUUGCUAGGGCGUUCAUACCUCUGGAGCUGCUCGUGACAGACAGACAGACAGACAGGUGCCAUCGCCGCCCAUCGGACACCCACCACCUGGGGACAGGGGUGGAAGGGAAGCGAAGCGAGGCAGCGAGCUGCUGGCUCCUGCUGCAGACUGCGCAGCUCCAGGAUCGAAGAAAAACAAGGCGAAUCCCGUGAGGAGGUAGGCCUGAUGGCUAUGCUGCGGGAGUCGGCGGAGGAGCAGCAGACGCCGCCUGUGAGUGCGACUAGUGUGAGCUGCCGCCUGCCCACGUGCCCGCCUUGGCUGCAAGCGGCCAUCGCAGACAUCGAGCAGCGGGUGCGCGCGCUGGCCGUGGACGUGGACGACGCCGCCCCCGACCAUUCCUUCGCUGACCGCGCCGACCACUACUAUCAGAAGCGGCCGCAGCUGCUGGCGCUCCUCACCGACCUCCACCACCGCUACCUCUGCCUCGCCGACCGCUACGCCCAGUCCGUCGCCAAGCACAAGCAGCGGCUUCAGCCUCACCCUCACCACGCCGCCGCCGUCUCCGACUGCAGCAGCUGCUCCUCCGACGUCGACUCAUCCUCCGACGCCGACAGCUCGCUCUCCUUCCAGUUCCAGCACCCGCCGCCGGCGGCUCUCACCGAUGGAGAUGGCGAUGUUAACGCCGAGGCCGAGUUGAUCGUGGCGGAGCUGGUGCUGGCGUGGGUGGAACGGGGCAUCCUGGCGGACGAGGCCGAGCGCCGGCGCGCGGAGGCGGCGCGCAAGAUCGAGCUGCAGGGGAGCCUUGUGGAGGUGCUGGAGUCGGAGCGCCUGGUGCUUCUGGGCGAGAAUGCGCGCCUGGGGUUCCGCGCGUCGGCGGCCGAGGAGGAGGCCGCGGCGGCGGCGGCGGAGCUGGGGUACACGCGGCGGCGGGCCGCGGAGAUGGCGCGGCUGGUGGGGAAGCUGCGGGAGGACCACCGCGUCUGCAUGCUGGGCCGCAAGAUCGAGGCGCUGCAGGCGCAGAUGUACGGCCUCGAGGUCCGCAACCGGGAGUGCCACGUGGCCAUGGCCAAGUGGGACGCCGACCGCAAGGCGGCCGCCGCCGAGAUCCAGAGGCUGCGCGCCGAGAACCGGCGCCUGGCCGAGGAGGCCGCGGCGGCAGCGGCGCGGCGGAAGGGGUCGUGGUGGUCGAGGGUGCGGAUGGCGUCGGAGCGGACGCCGUGCGCCCCGGCGGCGGCGGUGAGGAAGGUCGGGCAGCAGAUGAAGGGGAAGGACGGCAAGUACUACGGCGGCGGCGGGUGCUUCUUCGGCAUCUAGAAGUAGACAAGGGCGGAAGGGUUCCAGUUCGGGUUCCGGUGAUAUCAUCGUGGUAGGAGUAUUAAUUAAUUAAUUAAUUACAGUGAUGCUAGCGGGUAACGGGGUAAAGUAUAUACUAUAAUGACGUACGUGUUUGUCGGUGUGCUGACCCGGAGGUCCGAACCUGACUAUAUUGAUGAUACUGCGUGUUCCUCGUCUCAAA